GUUUCGGCGUGUGGGGCUGAGGCGGCGGCAGGAGCGGCUGUCCUCGCCCUCGGGGAAGGAGCGGCCCGCCAUCGUCCCCGACACCCCCACCACCACCAUCAUCAUCACCGCCCCCACCCGUCAGAGGACACGGAGGCUCCGCCGCCAUGCCCAAGAAUAAAGGUAAGGGAGGUAAAAACAGGCGACGUGGUAAGAAUGAAAAUGAAUCGGAAAAGAGAGAGCUGGUAUUCAAGGAGGAUGGACAGGAAUAUGCCCAGGUGAUUAAGAUGUUGGGGAAUGGUCGAUUGGAAGCCAUGUGCUUUGAUGGCAUAAAGAGAUUGUGUCACAUUAGGGGGAAGCUUAGAAAAAAGGUUUGGAUAAAUACAUCAGACAUUAUAUUGGUUGGUUUACGAGAUUAUCAGGAUAACAAAGCCGACGUCAUUCUAAAGUACAAUGCAGAUGAAGCCAGAAGUCUAAAGGCAUAUGGGGAGCUUCCAGAACAUGCUAAAAUCAAUGAAACAGACACAUUUGGUCCCGGAGAUGAUGAUGAAAUUCAGUUCGAUGAUAUUGGAGAUGACGAUGAGGACAUUGAUGACAUCUAAAAUUGGGCUGAAGGUUUUUCCAUUCCGAGUUUUCCGAGGAUCGCCCGUCAUUGGUAUUUUGAUUUGGAAGUUUGGCAGCCCCACCCCGAAGACUGAAACGUCAUUCGCAUGACAGCUGUUUUGUUAAAGCAGACUGAUUUCUUUUCGAUGUUUUAAAGUAUUUAUAUUUCUUUAAAAGCUGAUAGUGCCGAAUUACCCCGAGUGACGUACUCAACUCAUUUUGUCCUUAUUCGCUCGAUAGGACUUGCAAACAUUUGGAGAAACAGUCGCAUCAUCUGCUGCGUUCCUCUGCCUUUCCCACCUUCGCCCCUUCCCUUCCAGAAUUUGAUAUGCGAGCGACGGUGUGCCCUUUAAUCAUGGAAUAUUGAUUGAGUCCCGACUUUAAAUCGGUACCUUCUUAGUGUCCAGAGUGACUGCUCCUCCGCCUAGAUGUGCGCCCGACAUUUUGAUUAGAAACUCGAAGGGAGGCUGAAAUCUGUAUUGGAAGUCAUAAUGCAUGGAUCCGCGUUUCAUGUUUGGGUUUUUUUUUUUUAGCAUGUGGCUAUUUUUAUACUGAUUUUGAUAUCACCAAUCUCCUUUCCUUCAGCAACCUUGUCCGUUGCCUCCGGAGGGGGAGUAAGCACCUCUAAAAUGCCAUUUUAGGACCGUCUUGUCUCGCUCAACUAGCCCCGAGAAAUUUUUAAGCGAUGUAAACUUGGAAAGUUGAAUGCUAGAUGGCUCUAAAUUAAUUUUAGAUGGACCGACACGUCUUGGGUUUUUUGGUUCUAAAUAGAUAUACGUGGUUUCCCCGACAACAAUAAGUGGUGAAUUACCCCGAAUUUGGAUGGUAAGCGAAUCUGUAGACUAUUUUUACAGUAAAGAGGAUUAAAAACUUUAACAUGCCAUUUCAUUUUCACCUUCAAAAUUCUGUACACUCGAUGCAGCGAUUUAAAGUUGGCGUUCUGUACCUUCGAAUUUCGGUGUGCGAGAAUGUGAACUCUCAUUUCCCGGCCGGAAAAUCGAGCUUUGCCCAGAACUCAGUGCGGAAAAACUAAUGGAAAGAUGUCCUCCCGUUUGCAGGCGGAAAGAAGUAUAAUAAAAACUAACCUCGACCCUUGGAGUUUGGCAGGUGCCAGCCUUACUUUGUGGUUUGAAAGUGCUGUACUCUUCACACUACCUUCUGGAAAUGGGGAGAAUUUGAUUUCCCGUUAACCUUAAAAAAAAAACUUGACACUUCUUCAACAUCAGCUAAUAAUCGGCAUUCGUGUCAAGGGUUCGGAUUACAGAACAUAAUCAGGUUUUCAUCUUAACUGAAUAAAGGGCCCUGCUGUAUUAUAAUUUAUGAAAUCGGCACAUAUGCCUUAUGGUGUUUUGAGAAAUAUUAAAGGGGGGUGGCGAGAUCAGCCCGCAAGUUUUUGAUGUUUGUUGUUUCCUCUUCUGAGUAUCAAAAAUCCAAACAAAAGUGAGCUUGAGCAAAAAAAUGGAGAUAAGCUUUCUGUCGCUUGUCACCAAGAAGGAAGAACAUAGGACUUUUUUAAUUUGGAAAUCGUGUUCAUCCUUCAGAAUUGCCAACACAUUUUAUGCUGCUCUUAAAGUCAGUGUGAAGCUGGUGGCUUUUGGGUAGGGAAAAUAGAGGGGGGUAUUUUGUGUUAGUGGGGCUUUUGGAAUGGGAAAAAUGGUUUGUAAGGAAACCAUAUUUUUUAAAAAAGUAUUUUCUUCUUAUCCGGUAACUUUCCUCAAGCAUUUAGGAUGGCGUGCAUUGAGAAAACCUUUUCCAAAUGACUAGGCAAGUUGCUCUCGGAUGUAACUAGCUGUACUGCAUAUAUGCGUAUUUAUAUAUGAAAACCCUCCAAGUGUACACUAAGGUGUGUCACCCUGCGUGGACACCGAUCCUAUGCAUACAUAAUGAGAUGUCCUUUGAGUUGUAUCGGAUUUUGGGGGCGAAGAGGUGCCUGUGAACGAAACCAUUGAGAGACUCAUUUGUAAUACGUGUUAUGGGCCAAAUCAAGUGUACACCUGGCUUUGUAUUGGGGGUGACCGCUCCAGAAAGACAUGGAAUGUGAUCACGCACAAUACAUUGGACCCUUUCGUGAUUGGAACUUCCUUUUGUCUCGAGGGAACCGUGUACCGUGUGAAAGCGAAGUUCAUUUCUGGAAGUAAGUACGUGGCCGAUAAGACCACAUUAUCCGGAGUCCCUAGGCAUUUGGUAGGAGUAUAUUUUCGGGGCAGUGUUUUUGCCAUAUUGCUGAAUGCCUUCCCAGCUGCAGUGAAGUGGUUGUUUUGCAAAAGUUUAUAGAAACUCCUAUGUAAAGGCUGCUGAUUCAAUUCUUCGAUUAUGUUCAAGGCUAUUAAAUCAUUUUACUGAAGAGACCCA